AUGCGCGAGAUCAAGGUUGAGCUCGGCGAGGAGUAUGACUUGACCAUCGAAGAGAUGCCCGCGCUGGACCUCCUGUACCCUCACCUCGCUCACGAGAAGGCAACGGACGCGUUCGAGCCGUACCCCGAGCCCGUGACCCCGCAGAAGCCCGGGGAUAUGGAGAUUUACCUGCAUUCGUCUGGGAGUACGGGUUUCCCCAAGGCCAUUGGGCACACGCACGCUAGCAUCGCGGGUUGGAGUAAGCUAGCUAUGGUGCGCGACGGGCGACGCCUGAAGAAGCGUCUCCGUCUGGCGACGCAUAUGUUGCCGGCAUUCCACACCAUUGGCAUCUGCGUCCACCUCAUGACGCCCAUGCACAGUGGCUCGGAGGUUGCGCUGUAUCCGCCGCUGGUCAAGACACCCACCGAUGUUCCUCCACCGCCGACGCCUGACUCCCAGCUCGAAGGCGCGCAAGCGUGCGGCUGCACCGGGCUCAUCUCGGUCCCGGCGUACAUCCACCAAUGGGCGGAGAGCCCCAGCGCAGUCGAGUAUCUGAAGACGCUGCAAGUUUUGAUGUACGGCGGCGGCCCCGUCAGCGACGGCAUAGGCGACAACCUUUCCGCCGCAGGCGUCAAGCUCCGCUCCGUCUACGGCGCCACCGAAUUCGGCGCGCCCACGCACAUCUUCCCCACGCACGAGGAGGACUGGAAGGAGUGGUGCUGGUCGGAGUUCGAUAGGGAGGCGUGCCUGGUAUGGGAGGACCAGGGCGAUGGGACGGAGGAGCUGAUCAUCCUGGCGGGCAACGGUCAUUGGCAUCAACCUGCGGCACAGAACAUGGAGGAUGGUCCGGGGUACGCGACGAAUGACCUCUUCAUCCGUCAUCCUACGAAGCCGUACCUCCGCAAAGUCAUCGGCCGCAAGGACGACGUUAUCGUACAUUCGACCGGCGAGAAGACUGUCCCGGCGCCAAUUGAGGGUGCUAUCGUGACUAGCCCGUUGGUACGCACCGCCAUCAUGUUCGGCCGGGGCAAGGACGAAGCCGGCGUCCUCGUCGAACCUGCGUCUACCCAUCAGGUUGACGUCGAUGACGAUGUGCAGGUCGCGGCCUUCCGCAAUGCGAUCUGGCCGACCGUCGAAGACGCGAACCGCGGCGCCCCAGCCUACAGUCGCAUCUUCAAGGAGCUCAUCCUCGUCACCCGACCGGACAAGCCUCUCCCUCGCACGGAGAAGGGCACUGUCAUGCGCAAGCUCGCGUUGCGUGCGUACAACGAUGAGAUCGAAAAGAUCUACGAGUUAGUCGAAAGCCAUGCGUCCGAAGGCCACAAGGGCAUUGAGCCGCCCUCGAGCUGGAGAGCCCCGGAUGUCGCAGACUGGCUCACCGACCAUGUGCGCGAUAUCACCGGCCGCGACAUGAGUCGCGAUGUCGACCUCUUCGAGCAAGGUUUCGACAGUCUCAACGCGACCGUCCUGCGCCUCCGCAUCCUCGGCGCGCUCAAAGCCGAUACCUUCGCGGCCCCCGCGUCGCCUCAGGUCACGCAGAACAUCGUCUACCAGCACCCUUCGAUCACCAAGCUAGCCGACUUUGUCUCCCAGCUCGUGCGCGGCGGGGAUGUUGCUCCCCAAUCGUCCGAGACGGCAGCCAAGGAGGCUAUCGUUGCGCUCGCGGUCAAGUAUAGCGAAGGCCUUCCUGGCUACGUGGACGCCUCGACAUUGCCGAGGUACGUGCCAUCCGCGACGCCGGCCCCGCUGGAACUUCCGGCCACCGUGCUUCUAACGGGAACGACGGGUAAUCUGGGCGCAGAAGUCCUGGCUAUGCUCUUGAAGGACGACCGAGUGAGCCGGAUAUACACGCUCGAGCGCGCGGGGAAGACCCCAGUGAGAGAGCGGCAGCAUGCGCGCUUCGCGGACAAGGGCUUCGACUUGUCGCUCCUGGACUCGACGAAGCUCGUCGCUCUCGAGGGCGACCUGAGCGCGGAGAUGCUCGGCCAAAGCGAUGAGAUCAUCACCGAGAUGCUGAAGACCGUCAACCUCAUCAUCCACGUCGCCUGGCGCCUCGACUUCAACCUCGGCGUCACCGCCUUCGAGUCCAGCAUCCGCGGCACGCGCGCCCUCGUCGACUUCGCCCGCGCCACCGCGCACCGCGACGCCCUCCGCCUCCUCUUCACCUGCUCCGUCGCCUCCGCCCGUUCAUGGGAUCCGCUCCGACAGGGCCCGGUGCCCGAGGAGCUUAUCGAGGACCCUAGCGUGUCCGUGCACGGCGGCGGGUAUGGCCAGGGCAAGUACGUCGCGGAGCGCGUGCUGGCGGCGAGCGGCCUCUCGUUCAGCUCGGUGAGGGUGGGGCAGAUCAGCGGCGGCCCGCCGAGGGGCGCGUGGGCGACGACGGACUGGUUCCCCAUCCUGGUGAAGACGAGUGUGGCGCUCGGCGCGCUGCCGGGGAGCGAGCAGGACGUCCCGUGGCUCUCCAUGGACGCGGUAGCGGGUACUUUGCUCGACGCGGCGUUCUCGAAAACGCCUCUUUCCCCAUCUCACAACGCCGUCCACCCGCGUCCGGUCGCAUGGUCCCAGAUGAUCAAGCACAUCCAGCACUCGCUCAAGUCGUUUGUCCAGCGCGACAUGCCCAUCGUACCCUUCGCGGAGUGGCUGUCUAAGCUGGAAGCGGCAUCGACGCGACCUGACGUGGAUGUCCAGCAGGUGCCCGGCGUCAAACUUCUCGAGUUCUUCCGCGGAAUGGAUUCUGGUUAUGGGCAUGGCGAGUUUGCGACCGAAAAAAUACAGGCCGUCAGCGAGACGCUGCGACAAGUGAAGUCCUUGGACCAGCAGGACGUGGAUGGUUGGGUCAAGUACUGGCGGGAGAGCGGACUUCUGUAG